AUGUCAGCCAACCCCCCCAAAGGGUCCUCACCUAGGUUAAAACCUCCUACCAUAGGUGCAACAGCCCAAAAACAAAAAAAAAAUAUUAAUAUCAAACCUCCAAGUAAGCCUUCCAAAAUUAUUACAACACCAACUAAACUCAACAAUCAAAUCGCAAAACAACAAUCCAGUCCGGGUACAUCAUUAGCGAGCGAUAACGCGGCUGCUAAUCACAGUACCUCCGCCGCACUAUCUACAUUGCAUAAUGCCUCUAUCGCUAACGAUCCCAUUAGUAAUAUCGAUAAAAACUUCACCGUAUUCAAUUAUCCAUCGACACCGUCGUCUCCAAUUAACAUUGGCAACAUAAAUAUUCCACAACACAAUAAUACUGGUAUCACAUUUGCAACAAUCGCCGCAAAUGACAAAACACCGUCGAGAGACCAGGCGAUAGUCUUCAACUCUAUUGACGGCAUCCCACAAAAAGAUUAUGUAUUAGCAGUUGGCAAAAUUGUCUCUCCUAAAAAUAUCACAUUUGUGUCUAGAAUUUCCAACAACCGGUUCUGCAUAUUCUUAUCCAGCAAACAAAUCUUAGAUAACUUAAUAGAAACGCACCCCUUCAUAACAAUAAAUAACCAGGAUUUACUAUUCCGAAGAUUAAACAACCCAGCCAAAAGGAUAGUAAUAUCUAAUGUCUGCCCGUCUAUUAACAACCAAAUCAUCCUAGAACAACUUAAAAUUAUCAACAUAACACCUGUCUCUCAAAUAAGCCACCUCAAAGCUGGAAUAUUCGCGGAAGGGUACGACCAUAUUCUCAGCUUUCGUCGUCAGAUGUACAUAAAGUACGACGACAUACCAAAACUCCCUAGCUCAUUAUUAAUCUCUGCAAACGAGUCACAAUUCCGCAUUUUCUUCACUGACGACAAAAUAACUUGUUUCAUUUGCAAAUCUACGGGUCACACAUCCUUGACUUGCAAAAAAUCGAAUCUAAAUAACACGGAAAUCUCCUCCUCACCUCAACAGACAAAUGCAUAUGAACAUAAUUCUACGCCAGAAAAUCAAAAAAUUGACCAAAUCGAUAUCUCCCAAUCUACUAUCAGUUCUCAAAUGCUCAUCACCUCAGACGAAACGCUUCCAACUUGGAACAUCGUCACCGAAACAUCAGCUCACAAACGACAGGCUCCUCCAACAACAUCUUCAUCAGCCCCUUCCAGCCCCCUGCAUUCAACUUCACAAGAGCCAAACCUCUUAGAUCCAAAACACCACCACAAAAAAAUUAAAACGAUCGAACAAACUACUACAUCUAAUCACACUCCAACGAAUCAAGUAUCGUCUUUCUCUCAGCCAGAAAUAACGAACAAGCCAGAAAACCGCUCUCGCUCAAACUCGCGCAAACGCUUUUCAGAGGAACUGGACACCCACCUUGAUCCCAUCAGUCAUAUUUUCAAUGAACACAAUCAUACUAGUUUAAACUUCUCUCAAUUUAAACAUAUAAUAGAAAUUAUUGCUACUCUUGACCACCCUCUAGACACAAUUCAUGAAUAUGAAACAACAGGCAACCACAUAUUGGAAUUACUCGAAAAAAUCAGACCUUCACUUUUAACUGUUAAAGCUAAAAACAAUAUAACCAGGAUAACAAACAAGCUCUUUAAAGCAAUAGAUAAUGAAGCCUUCAUGGAUGCUUCUGAAGCUGAAUCUGAUACUUACUGA